UCACGCGCGCUUUUUGAUGACGCUCCGGAGGUCGGCGAUGAGGUUUCUUGUUUUCUUUACCAAGAUAUGGACAAACAAUGUUUUAAGUAUACCACCUAAAAAGUUGGCACAGAAGCAGUGGUAUUACUUUACUGCAAUAAAAUCACGGUUUUUUGCAGAACUAUUUGUUUCCAAAGAUAACACCCCAGAAUUUGGCAUGAUGUCAGUACAGAAACUUGAAGAAGACAUUGAUCGUUAUGUUCCUGCUGCAGCAGUCCGUGGCUUAACUCAGCUAAACAGGGACUUAUUUCAGAAAACUGUUGCAGUUCCAGCUCUUAAAGUGAGAAAGGACUUAAUCAACAAAGUCAUGAAACCUCUGAGAAAUGUUGCAAUAAAAAGACCUGGACUGAAGCGUGUAGUUGAAGAUUCUAAGGAUGAAAUGUAUAGAUUCAUCUUGAUGGACCCAAACAAAAUAUCAUGCUCAGAAUCUUUUGGAGCUUUCGAGAGAGCUGUUUUAAAGGAAUAUAACGUUGAUCCUCAGAUUCACCUGUAUCAUUUAGAAUUGACAUAUGAACAUUUCAAACCUGAAGAGAUUCUGAAGGCAGUUUUGCCUGAAGGACAGGACGUAACUACUGGAUUUAGCAGAAUUGGCCACAUUGCUCACAUGAAUCUUCGAGAUCAUCAGCUUCCAUACAAGCAUUUGAUUGGUCAAGUUAUAAUGGAUAAGAAUCCUGGAAUAACUUCAGUGGUUAAUAAAAUUAAUAUUAUUGAGAAUACUUACCGUAAUUUUCAAAUGGAAGUACUGGCAGGGGAAGACAAUAUGAUAGCAAAGGUCAAAGAGAACAACAUAACAUAUGAAUUUGAUUUUUCCAAAGUCUACUGGAAUCCGCGACUCAGCACAGAACAUGGUCGAAUAGUUGAUCUUUUGAAAGCUGGAGAUCUAGUGUAUGAUGUAUUUGCUGGUGUUGGACCUUUUGCUAUUCCAGCAGCAAAGAAAAAAUGCAAAGUUAUGGCAAAUGAUCUUAACCCAGAAUCUUAUAAGUGGCUGGUGCAUAACUGCAAGAUGAACAAAGUAGAUAAAAAUGUACAAACAUUCAAUCUGGAUGGUAGGAACUUUAUUAUGGGUCCAGUUAAAGAAGAUUUAGCAAAACAAAUUGCAACAUUUUCUUUAAAGGAGGACAAAAACUCUAUUCACAUAAUCAUGAAUCUGCCUGGUUUGGCAAUUGAGUUCCUGGAUGCAUUUAGACAUCUUUUACAGGAACAGGAUUCUUUUGAUGUUUUGCCUACAGUCCAUUGCUACAGUUUUUCCAAGAAUGAUGAACCUGCGCAAGAUAUUCAGAGAAGAGCAGAAUAUUUCCUAAAUACCACUCUAGAAGGACGUUGCUCGAUCCAUUUGGUUCGCAAUGUGGCCCCAAACAAGGAAAUGAUGUGUAUAAGUUUUAUGGUCCCUGCUGAGGUGCUGUGCAGAAAUCCAUCAGCAGAAGACAAUACCAAAGAACCAGCUCCAAAACGCCUAAGGUUUGAUGAGACUACUGCCUGUAAUGGACCACGAUGACUUGUGAUAAAUGAGCAACCUCAAUUUUAGCAGUUAAGAAACUGAAUACAGUGCAAUUUAAUUGCCAGUCACUUAAAGGAAUCUGAAUGUUUGCAUCAUUUCCUGGUCUCCUUUCUCCUGGUCAUGACUUGCUUCUAUAAACAGCCAGUGAUUUGUUAUAAUGGGGAUUGAAGUCCUCUCAAGGGCUCACUUUACUUUCUAGCCAGGAUAGUUUUUCCACUGUGGAUAUUGAAUUCUAUCAUAUUAAUAAGUAACCAAUGGAAAAUCUUGACUUCCUUCACCACCACCAUUAGAACUGCAAAUAAAAUUUUAAAAAAAUGCAUUCAGCAUUCAUGAAUCAUUUUGGUUUUUGGAACACUUUCAGAAAGCUUAAAUAUCUUGAAAUAUAUUCUUUUGAGCAGAGCAAAUUUCAGUAGGUUUGGGCUUCUGCCCAAAUGCAGUAAAAUAAAUUGCAUUUAUCAUAACCUAUUUUCGGCAGCUAUAGUAUCUAAAUGAUUGGGUUUCAAUUUACAGUAGUGGUGAAGCAGUUUGUAUUCCAUUGAAAGAGUAGGAUACUCAUAACAAAUAUCUUGAGAUUGUUAAAUGAAUUUUUCUGCUUUUGGGCUGUUAUAAUCAAGAUUAAUAAAAUUAAAACAUCCAAUGUUUUUCUAAGAUUCGAAACAAUGAAAAUAUACCGAAUGAUCAUUUAUCGUGGAAAUUUUUAGGUUUAAAAAUGAGUUAGCACACUAUUGAAAACAUAACAAUAUAAAUCAGUUUUGCUGAUGACAAAGGGGCAGUACGAUAGCUUAGUGGUUAGCACAACGCUACAGUACAGGCGACCAGGAUUCAAUUCUUGUCGCUGCCUGUAAGAAGUUUGUACAUUUUCCCCAUGAUCAUGUGAGUUUCCUCCCACAAUCCAUAGAUGUACUGGUUGUUAGGUUAAUUGAUCGUUGUAAAUUGUCCCAUGAUUAGGCUAAGAAAUUGUGGAUUGCUGGGCAAUAUGAUUGGAAGGGCCUUUUCCAUGUUGUAUCUUAAUCAAUCAAAUAAAUAAAUAGGCUGCUGAAUGAACUCAGCGGGUCAGGCAGCAUCUGUGGAGGGGAAAAAAAUAACCAGCAUUUUGGAUUGAAACCCAGUGAGUAUAAAUCUUGUGAAUGACAUGGCCAAUCAAACAGGUUCGACUUUUGGUUCUCAGUGUUCAGAGCAUCACUGUGAGUAGUAAUAACAGUUUUUUUUGUGUUUAAUGUGUGACAUCAUUGGGAAAAGUACUAUAGAUUACCAGGCAUGUUAAGUUUCUUCUACUUUGCUGGAAUUCUGCAUCCAAAUUGUAUUCAAAGUCCUGGUGUAAUGUUUCAGUCACACCAAUGCAGAGACUUUUUUUAGUGAUAAAGCAUGGAGUAGGCCCUUCCAGCCCGUUGAGCCACGCUGCCUCAGCAAUCCCCAACAACAUCCGAUUUAACCCUGACCAAAAUCACAGGACCAUUUAUAAUGACCAAUUAACCUAUCUAGUACAUCUUUAGACUGGGGGGGGGGGGAAC